UGGGGGGGAAGUGCUUGGCUUCCCUGUUUGGGCCCGGCCAGGCCGGGGCUGCCGCCCUAGAGAUGGUGUUUCUCAAGGGGAGGGAAGCGGGGAGGGCGGAGGAGGAAGCAGCCGCCCCCCUGGAGCAGACCCCCGGGAGGAUCGAAGAUUGUCUGCCGCCUCUGGGCAACUCUUCCACCAAGCGAUAUUCCCCAGCCAAACGGAAGCAACAUUAUAUUAACCAGGCCAUUCGCAACUCGGACCUCAUUCCCAAGGCCAAAGGACGCAAGAGCCUCCAGCGGCUAGAGAACACCCGGUAUCUAAUGACUCUUCUGGAACGGGAUGAUUACGCCCCCGAAGAGGGGGAACUGGCGCACUCAGCGGCCCCGAGCAUCUUCUCCGAAGCGUGCAACAACGAGUCGUAUAUGNNNGUCUGGAACGAUUUCAUAAACCGCUCCGGUGAAGAGCAGGAGCGAGUCAUCUCGUAUUUGGAGGAGAAAGCCUCCAAGAAGCGGAGGAACAAGCUGCCAGACAGAGCCGAGGAUAACUGGAAAGAAUAUCCUGCGUACACGCCCAAAGAAUGUUUCCAGCGCAUCAGCCGACGCCUGCGCGUGACACUGAGGCGUGGCCGGAUCCCCACGGGGACCCUGGAGUGCCUGGAGGAGGAGAUACUGGCCUUUUUUUCUGUCCGCCCCCACUCUGUCUACACGGCAAUGAUGGAUAAUAGUUUCGAACGGCUGUUGCUUCACGCCCUCUGCCAGUACAUGGAUCUUGUCUCUGCCAGUUCCGGUGACGAAGGGCAGCGGCAGAUGAAGGUCAGCAACAAGCGGACCGUCUUCCUACCCCCGGCCCUCCUGCUUUCGGCGUACCUGGAGCAAAUGAGCUAAUGGAGGGGAAGAGGGACCUCCUCGGCCACCCCCACCUCCCUUCUCGCCCUCCCUCUUCCGUCGGCUUUUUUAAAUAUUUAACUGAGGAAUUAAUGUGCGCAUGAAUGCCAGAGGGGGGGGGGGUACGUUGGACUGCAAGGAGUAGUGGUUUUGUCUAGUUUGAGGGCCGUGGGGGGGAUUCGGAACUGGAUUGUUGUCGUUUGGCGCUGUGUGUUGGACCGUGGGGCAUUGGUAUAGCUCUUCAGCCAAAGUCCGUGGAGUAAUUGCGAUGUUACAGGGGGGGGAAACCCUUACUGCUGCCAACAAGGUCGCCUGCUCUUUGCCUCACGUAGGCCGUUGCCAAGUUGCCACCAAAGUCCUUGGGGCAGUUUUGCUCAGAAGAAGUCGUCAGCCUUUCUGGGGACUCUGGUUUGGAGCUCGGCAGUGACAGAAAUAGCUGACCCCCUUCAUGCAGCUCUCUCACACAAUGAAUAAUGCCCUUUCGAUCCGCUUUCAAAGCACUUUGCAACUGGAUUUUACUGUGUGAAAUGGCCCGAUCCGCUUGCAAACGGUCGCCGGAGUGGAUCGAACCUGCGUUAUUUAGCAGGCGUGAAAGCGCCCACAGUGUUAGACCUCCAACAUUUUAUUGAUUUCGAUCAGAUUUUAAAGGUGCCCUCAAACCCUUAAAAAAAAUGAAUUUAUUUUUAAUACAAGUCUUCUAAGAAAAAGGACCCUGACAUGGAUCGAGCCUGCGUUAUUUAGCAGGUGUGAAAGCGCCCACAGUGUUAGACCUCCAACAUUUUAUUGAUUUCGAUCAGAUUUUAAAGGUGCCCUCAAACCCUUUAAAAAAGUGAAUUUAUUUUUAAUACAAGUCUUCUAAGAACAAGGACCCUGACGUGGAGCGAACCUGCAUUAUUUAGCAGGUGUGAAAGCGCCCACAGUGUUAGACUUCCAACAUUUUAUUGAUUUCGACCAGAUUUUAAAGGUGCCCUCAAACCCUU